GAUGGAUAACAGUGACAACCACUGAGAGUGAAGCAGCGCACCAGUAUCGAGUGGUGUGCCAUGCGUUUAUUUCGAAGGCCUGCCAGUGUGGACAGCAAUCAACGCAACAAGGCACAAGCAGGCCUCCCCUCGCAUCUCGUCCCCGCGGCUACUCAGGCUACUACCAAGUUGGCAGCGCCGCGCAUCUGGCUCUGGCACAGCCAUGUCCAUUCCAAUUCGAAUCCGACGGAAGAGUACAGUGAACCUUCCAUGUCGACCGGUCACGGCAGAAGUCAGUCUUGAGGGAGGAAGCUCGAGUGGCGUAUACCGACGUACAGUCAUGGCCUGCAUGAUGCGCCGCAUAGCUUUUUUGUUCCAGGUCAAGCGAGAUCGAGAAGGUGGGGGGUCCGUCGUCCGUUUCGUGACUCUGUAGUAGUCAGCACUAGUACACUACAGUGGUUAGUAGGCAGGUAUCUGAUCGCGUGCAUGCGACUCA